UUGAAAUUGUUUCCUCACAAAUUCUUAUCAAUAUCUGUUACUCAUUUGUGUCUUAGUAUACAUUCGCGAAACUGUUCACUCUUCUAACCUUGAACUUCCUUCUCCUCACGGCUUCGCGUUUUAGAACAAAGUCGCGUUACUCGCUAUGUCAAUGCGUUUAACAUUUAAAGGAGACAAAAAAACUAAAAAAAGGAAAAGAAAAACAGAUCACUCUUCAAAAAAUGUCGGCUUGAUUGCAAGUGAAAGUAACGACGACGUUUGGAUGAACGCUUUGAGCGUUUCUGAAUUAAAGGGACCCAUCGUACUGUGCAUCCAGGGACGGCCAGGUGAGCCAUGGGAAUGCUUGAGCAGCCAUCCAAACAACCCUAAUGUUCAUGUCCUGCAGAUGGAAGACGAGUCUCAUGCUCCAGAUAAAACCGAACAGGUCUGGGUGUGCAGAGAACUCGAUGGAAACUAUCAAUUAAAAAAUUCAAACGGCUACUAUUUAUCUGCCAAGCCAGAUGGUACUCUAGUUUGUGACAAAACGGCGAUCAGCAUCACAGAAGAAUGGCAACCCAAGUUUCUUGAAGCUGAAAACGCAUGGACCUGGAAGAACGUUGGUAUCAAUUCUUUCCUGACACUACAAGAAGGUGAUUCGGGCGUUACUGUCUGCUGUAUACGCGAGAAAGAUCAAAAGCCAACCAAAUGGGUUUGCCGUGUACAGACGAGAUUUGCGCGUGAAAAGCGGCAAGAUACAUCGGACAAACACCAUAUAAGUCGCCAGACUUUGGAAGCAAUGGCUAAGCGACCUCUCACGUCUGACGAAGUGAAGUUGCUCAAAAAGGCUUAUCGGAACGGCAUGCUUCAUGAAGCCUUACUAGAUCUGCGUACAGCCUCCAAAAGUGACAAGUAUGGCUAACACGGGUUUGAAAUGUUUUAUUAAGCUUGACUAAACCAACAAUCUUUCCUCGCGCCUAAGAAUGAACAACGGAUAACAAUCCCCACAAGUAUGAUCCUUCAUUUGACUAUUUCUAAUAUCAACAAUGCGCCCAAAGCAACCUAAAACUUGGAGACCUGCUCCUUGGAGUAUCCCAUUUUAAACAAACGGCCGGUUAAGUUAAAACGUCCAGAAGCAGGGUCCUUGUCACCAAAAUAAUCGAUAAUAAGAGGUUUGGGACCACUGAUGAAAAUCUUGAACUUUUUGCCCGAAUCGGGGGCUGGAAUGUACUUCUUCAACAGCUCGGGACUGAUGCGACCAACAUGCGUAGCAAGAUUACUGUUGUCACGUUCAAGCACACGGACCAGCUGGAAUUGAUUGGGGAACUCUUUUGCCCAUUUUUCAGUAAUUUCACGAAGCAAAACGUCCUCAUCAGAGACAUGUGUAUCAAAGUACACAAUCUUUGUCUUGUCUUCUGGGUUUUCAAGGAUGCGACGAGCGACUUGGAUCAUAGGUGCCACACCAGUGCCACCUCCGAUUAAAAAGACGCUCUCAAACUCGUUUGUCUUCAAUGGGUAUUUAAGGCCAGGGCCGCAAAAAGGCAGCGAGUCUCCAACCUUUAAGUUGAAAAUAAUAGGACCGAGAAUGCCCUCAGGGUAACGCUUGAUCACCAAGUCCAAGAAUCCUGUUUGGUUCUCACGAGAGACCGGGGUGUAAGCUCUGGUAACCUCAUUGCCGUCUUGGUCAAGGAUACCGGGGGCUUUAAUGAUGACAAAGCCAGCAUGAGAAACACCGGGCACAUGCGAUUCACUUGGCAGAGCGAAGCGGAACAGCUUGGUAUUAUGCGUCUGGUCCUUGACAUCAACCAGUUUGAGGUCAAUCCAUUUGCUGAAAUCAGUAAAUGUGGGUACGACAGAGGGAACAGUCAUGAUGCUUCUGUAAUUUGCUACUGACAAGGAAGAGAACUUUGAAAAACUUUGAGGACGAAAAAGAACGUAACCGAGGAGACCACCGACACACGCGAGAACUGUAGAACGAACUGUGAAUUUUCUUACUGCAGCUCUACGGAGGUUUGUUAAAAACAUAAACCUUGCUCCGAAAAAAAGCAACCCGUGUGUUUCAACGCAGACGCUCCACCCAGCCGACGCUUUAUACUACGCAAGUUUCCGCUCCUUGCGCUACGCUGUACCUCGUCAGUCCUUCCAGAAACGAACAGACCAACAUUAGCUCGCUCAGCCAGUAACCCAAGGCUCCUCAAAGCUGGUCAGGAUCUAGUCUUUCACGACCGAUUUUCUCUGCUAAGCCGACGUAUCACCAUUGCUCAGUCUUCUCCAUGGACAGGCUGUCUGUGGUCUCCGCUGUAUCUUAUCAGAUCACGGAGUUAUGCGAUACGGCUUGAAUGUUGAGUGGCCAAGACACUGCAUAACUCCACGAAUAACUUGCAGUGUAGCGGUAUAAGAAGGCCCAGAUAUAAUGAGAAUAAAGUAUAAUAAGAUUAUCUAAGCGAGACAUACAACGUCUCUAACCGAGCAGAUCUUUGUCUAACCACAAACUCUUACAAAGGAAACAAGAUUUUUGCAUUGCUAAGCAAAUACUCAUUAAUUACCUAUUCGUUCUGUUAAAGACUGAUCUCCGUCUCUGAAUAAUCCUUAGCUCUUCCAAUUAAUCGCUCACUUUAAGCUUUAAUCUAA